CAUAUCGCUAAAUUUUUGAGGAGGGUUGCCAAUUUUCUGUCUCAAAUUUGUGUCAAAAUCUCGAUAGUUCAGCUUCAUUUUCUUCCAGGAUGGACAAAGAGGUGUUGUGUGAAAGCCUGGUUACUUGGCUUAAAACCUUCUCAGUGGAAGCCCCAAACUCGACUAUUGAAGACAUCUCAGAUGGGGUGGCCAUGGCACAGGUUUUAAAUCAAAUAGCUCCAGACUUUUUCGAUCAAAGCUGGAUGUCAAAAAUCAAAACAGAUGCUGGCAAUAACUGGCGCUUGAAAGUCAGCAAUUUGAAGAAGAUAUUGAAAGGCAUUUUAGACUACUAUUCAGAUAUUCUCGGACAACACAUCAAUAAUUUCCAUAUGCCAGAUGUCAAUGCCAUAGGUGAACAUAAAGAUUAUAGCGAGCUUGGUCGAUUGCUGCAGCUGAUUCUGGGAUGUGCUGUCAACUGCAGCCAUAAACAAGAGUACAUUCAGAACAUCAUGGCCAUGGAGGAGACGGUUCAACAUGUCGUCAUGAAUGCUAUUCAGGAGCUGAUGACCAAGGAGUCUCCCGCUUACAACUCGGGAGAAGGCAUCUCGACAGAUUUGGGCGAUCAGCUGAAACGGACGAUAGAGGAGUUAAACACGGUCGUUCGCCAGAAGGAGGAGAUUGGGCAGCGUUGUCACGAGCUUGACCUUCAGGUGGCGUGCCUGCAGGAAGAGAAGGUCAGCCUGCAGGACGAGAACAAGAAGUUACAGGAGAGGGCCAACCAGUCGGAAAGUAUGGAAGAUCCAAGCACGCCUUCUGGGCGACGAUAUCAACAGCUUCAAAGUCAAGUCGAAAAACUUCAGGAGGAGAUGUAUCGGAUAGAAGUAGCACGUGAUGACUACCAGGUAAAAGUCGAGGUUCAGGAAAAAGAAAUUGUAGAAUUACAACUGAAGUGUGAUGAAAUGAAUAUAGUGACUGAGGAGGCCAGGGCCUUGAAGGAUGAGGUUGAUGUACUCAAACAUCAUUCAGACAAAGUGGCGAAGUAUGAAGCCACAAUAGACACGUAUAAAAAGAAAUUAGAGGAAAUGGGUGAUCUUCGAAGGCAGCUUAAAAUUCUUGAAGACAAAAAUACAUCAUAUAUGCAACAAAAUAUGGAAUUAGAGGAGGACGUGCGUAAAGGUGGGAGCUGGAAGGCCCAGGUUGACAUCUACAAGAAACAAGUACAGGAGCUGCAGACAAAAUCAUCAGAGGAGACGAAGCGGGCCGACAAGUCAGAGUUUGAAAAUAAACGACUUCAGGAGAAGAUUACGUCGUUGCAACGGGAACGAGAGAGGUUGGUGGCAGAGAGAGACUCAUUAAAGGAAACAAAUGAAGAACUCACAUGUACACAAUUACAAGGUAAUAGAGACAGCUCCGAAGACCUGGCAAAUCUAUCAAUGUCACCAAACAUGGAAAUGAUGUCGAUCCCGCCAGAAAUCCGAGAGAGAUUAAUCCGAUUGCAGCACGAGAACAAAAUGUUUAAGGCACAGAUGACAAACAGUGAUACAGAUAAUGAGGACUCGCAGAUGCUGAAAAGUUUACUGGAUGACUCCAAUGCCAGGAAGAGUGAGCUAGAGUCGGAGAAUAGAAUCGCCAACCAAAGAAUCCUGGAGCUUGAGGCUCAGGUUGAAGACAUGGAAGAGAAACAGACAACCACAAGUGGCGACCAGAGUGAGGUCAGGAAGAAACUGAACGAACAAAUCAAGAAGACAAAGGAGUUAGACGGGGAGUUACAGCGUCGGCGGGGAGAGAGUGAGGAGUUGGAAUCUCGGUGUGUGAAAAGCGUGGAGAAGGCGACGCAGCUGGAAGAUAAGUUGUUGAAGAAGGAGGAUGAGAUGAAGGCGAUGGAGGAGAGGUAUAAGAAAUACCUCGAGAAAGCAAAGAGUGUGAUAAGGACGUUAGAUCCUAAACAAAACCCUGGUGCUGCCCCUGAAGUGCAGGCCCUCAGAAACCAACUUCAGGAUAAAGAUAGGCUCAUUGAACAUCUAGAGAGAGAUCAUGAUAGAGCAAAGACAAUACGUGAUCAAGAGGAAAAGUUAAUAGUCUCUGCUUGGUACAAUUUGGGUAUGCAGAUGCACAGAAAAGCUGCUGAGGAUCGGUUAUCCAACAGCGGUGCCGGUCAGUCAUUCCUGGCGCGUCAACGUCAGGCCCAGAACCGCCGCCUGCAAACCCUCCCUGGUGCUAAUACCUCAUCAAGCGACUACCUUGAAUACUAACCGCAUGAUAAUCCCGCGUCAAGACCGACGCUAUGCCACCACCGCCACCAAGAGAGACCGGACCUGUGCCGCUGUGCUCUGCCCUGCCUGCAUGCUUCAUCUGUCAGGAUCUGUAGGGUGAGGCCAAGUCAAAGUCUUAGCUUGGUGUUAGUCUUAGCCCAAGGUUUGCCUAGUUGCCCUUCCAUCUGACUUGUUGGAUCCUUUAGGGAUUGUUGGUAGCCUUGGGUGCAGAAAACUUUUCAAAAAUGUUCAGAUUGGCAUGAUUCUGUGACGCGACUAUUCAUAAACAUUUCAUAGUUUCAAUGAAAGUCUAACACCAAGGUAACACUAAAACUUUGUCUGACCCAAUAUAUAUCAUCUGCAUUUAUGACAUUUGAUGACAAGGCUCAAACCAGCUGCAUUCCCUCUGCACACAAGCAAUCAAACCUAUGGCAACUCGUGAUUACUGUCGUAAGAAAACGGUUAUCAAAAAGUUGCUGGAAACUUAACUGAUUGUAAAUGGUAUUAUCAGUUACCCGUUCAAGGGUGUACUAGGUUUUUCAGUUGAUUCCAAUAGAGUUGCCAUACAUUUGAUUGCUCGGGUGUUCGAGGUGGCUUCUGCUUUCCCCGCAUCCCUUUGAUGACGUCAUCUGCAUGGCCUCUAUUCUGUGCAUGCCUUGUGGCUCUGUAGCAGCCUCAUGUCGAAGAGAUUGUUCGGUUGUGGAUUCUUGAUAACAGAGCAGGUUUUCUGACGUGGUAGAUGUCACUGUGAUGUCAAAUUUCAAGGUGCCUUUUCAGCAGACGGCAGGGAAGAGCUGCCAAUGGAACGGCACAUGGCUAGAAAACUUUGGUGUGUUUCUUUUUCUCACAUCGAUUGAUUAUGAUUUAUUUAAAAGUGUCUGCAAAUGAAAACCAAGUAUUGUUUCACUGGUGAUGUUGAGUUCAACUCUGUCGUGUAGUAAUGAGCAUCCUGACUGGGCAGCCUCUGCCUAUUCAUAGCACAAUUCAAAAGAUCCAAAGUGAUCGGUUGUGUGUAUGGUUUAUGUAAUCCUUGAUUUAUAUGGGUGUUUUUUUUCGGGAUAGACCAAUAAUGGCCUGGAUAUCAUGGACUGUGUGGGGGUUUGCCUAAAUAAUCUGUCAGGAAUCAGGAUGGGGUCUUCAGAAUAUCGGGCAGAUAUAUCCCCUUCCCCCCGCUCAGAGUAAUUUCCAUGCAACUUUUUCUCCUGGUUGAAAAGAUCUAGUGCCUGUGUGUGCCUAUUUUGGGAUUGAUAGUCAGUAAAUUUCCAGUAGGCUCUUCAAACUUAUGUUGCAUUUUAGAAUACUCAGUAUUUUUGUGUUUGUAUAUACUUGUAGGUUUAUGUACAAAGUUGUUAUAGGUAUGGGCAGUCAGUGUUGUGUUCUGAACUCUGAAGAUGGAUUCGAGGGGGGGUUGUGCGGUGUAAGAAAUAGCAGCCACUUGCAACUGGUAUUUUCAGGAACGAGGUUAUCAAUAAUAAGUGAAUGAAGUAUUGCUCGAACUGGGUAUAACAUGAAAGGCAUAGUGUUUGUGAAAUUCUUUGUUUACACAUUGUUUAUUCUCCUUAUAUCUGUGAUUAUAUAUAUAAAUGAAUGAAUGUAUGAAUAAAUGCAUAAAUAAAAGGUGAUUCCUGUCAAGGUCUAACUUUAUGUUCUUCUGAUGUAAUUUGUGAUGCACCAAUUAUAAAAACUGGGGAGUUCAGUUCAGAGAAAAAUAAUGUACCGCCUCAAUAAUGGCAUGCCUGAGGAUAAUUUGACAGUGAUUCAGUUCAUCGUACAUGUAUUUCUUUGUUUUUAUUGAAAAAUGUUUCUGUUACUUUUUAAGUUCACUGUAAAUAGUAUCCAGGUUUUAUUCGUAUCAUGUUCUCGCAAUUGAAAAUUUUACUAAUAUUUUAAGUAUGUGUUGAUAGACUUCCGUCUGGUGUGUAAAAGCCAGCUAAACAAACCAAGUUUCUCAUCAGACAAAUACAUUUUCUGGUGAAAAUAUACACGGUAAACUGUAAAAUUUUGAACUUGUUAUCUUGAAAUUAUUGGAAAGAACCUGUAGCCUGCCUGCUUGGGGCUUGAGAUCAAUUGGUCAGGCAGACUCCUUAUCACCAUAAGUGCGACAUCCAGGUCCUGUAGGCCUACAUGUUCAGAGGCGGAUCAAAGACUCAAGGUAAGAGGGGGACAGGGCCUUCACUUUCAUCAUGUUCGAAUUCAAGGAUAUUUUAUUGUCAUUUUCAAAGGUUUGCUGAAAUUAGGGAACUCGGGCCAUGACUGCCCCUGCUAGGAUCAGUACCUGAUGUAGGCCAUAAUAUAUACUUUACUAUCUUUAUCAAAGGCAGACAUAACUGAUUUGCAGGCUGCCAAUAAGUCAUUUAUAAGGUAUUUCUGAUGAGGAAUGUGGAUUUUGUUACUGGUGGUGUAUUUUUAGAAUUUGAAAUGCACUUGACCAGACCUGGUCCUGCUGAGCGGGAUUGGAAGUACUUGCUUGAACAAACACUAUUUUCUGGUAUUUUGCUUGUUUCAUGACUGAUCACAUAAUAGUUAGGUGCAACAUUUAGGGAGAUCAGUGGCUAGAGCACCGGGCUCGUAAUCUGGAGGUCGUGGGUUCGAUUAUCAGAAGGGUCACUGCUGUUUCGUCUUUGUUUCCUUGAGCAAGGCACUUAACCCUACUUGCUUCUCUCCACCUAAGAGUAAAUGGGUACCUAGCUGGCAGAGAUGUUAGUGCCGAGCGCUGUAUAACGUCUGCUCGGAUCUGUAAUACUCCCAAAAAAUAAAGCUUGAAUGGCCAAUAGCUAGGGGUAAUAAUGUGAAGCGCUCUGAGCGACUGAAACCAGUUGGAUUUAGCUCUAUAUAAGUCUCAUCAUUAUUUUAUUAACCUCUGGUGUGCAAAGCUAAAAUUGGGAGAAUUCACUGAUAUAUAUGGAAGUAUUAUUAUAUCAAAACACAGGUUUGUGUUACACUCCUUAAGAAUCAGUGUGGGAUCAGCAGCUGUAAAACAAAAUUUCCAGAUUUUGUUUCUGGUUUAUAAUCGUCGAUGAUUUCACAAAGUGACCAGUCUGCGAUUUUUCUGAAAUGGAGAUAACAGCGCCAUCUGAGAUGUACUAGUCAUGUCUACUUUCACACCAAUUAUCAUGGUGAUGUUCAAAGCCAAUGUCAUUUCGCUUUACCCUCUAUUCAUGCAUUUUGUGCCAUUAUACUCUUUCAUAUGUAAUGCACAGAGUCAUUCAAUCUAUACGUAAUCUUAGAGUAGAGUUUUCUAAAAAAAAUGAAAUUUUGCUGAUUGGUCACUUCAUGAAAUCAUCAACAAUAUGCGCAUCAUCAAGUAACUCCCCUGUAUCUGGCCUGUCGUUCCAUUGAUUGAGUAUUCUUUGAAACUUGAGAACACCUAUAUUUGUACUAAUAAAUGUGACCUGAAUGAA